GGGUGGGGACACUUGGUGGAAUAAACAAAUAUUGCAAGCCCCACCAAAACUUGUCAUUAUCCUCACAGAAAUUCUCGUCUUACUCGUCGUCCCCAAUUUCGCAACAAGAGGCAAGGUUCCUCAAUUUCGGGGAACCUGCCAUAAUUUCCGGUGGACGAAGUUCUUCAUAUAAUUUAAUGAAUUGGAAGAGGUAGCAUUUGUCUUAUGGAGUAUCUGGAAACAACUGAGGACCUUGAAAAGUACGAAGGUGGUGAGUUUGGAGUUAGGGUUGGUGAUGAAGUCGUCGAAUAUGCCGCAGUUGUUGAUGAUCAGGACGAUGAUUUUUGCGCUGCAGCGUUAGACGCCUUGUUAAAUCAGGUUGUUGUUGGGGAGGAGUCUUAUAGGACUCCAAAGAAAGGUAAGAGCAAUGUGUUACUUAGUGUCGAAAUUGAAGAGCCUGUGGAAUUGGAGGUGGAUGUACCUCUGCCGCCUCCUUCUGUUGGAAUGUUGUUUGGUUCAAUGCUAGAGGUUGAUGAGUACUUUCGUAAUUAUGGCCAGCAACAGGGGUUUGGUGUUGUAAGGACUAGUGGGGCUAAGUCUGGGAAAGGUGAUAAGUGUAAUUGUAGGUGGACUUGUGAAUGCUAUGGUAGGCCCGUGAGAAAGAGGAAAAAGCCUGAACCCAGGCUGGUUUCUGAUGCUCAUAUCAGUGAAGAUGAAGACAUGUGUCCUAAACGCAAGUCGAAGAAAUGUGAUUGUACGGUGACUUUAUAUGCUAAGGUGAAUAAGUCAGGGCAGUGGGUUAUUGAUAAGGUGCAUCUGACACAUGUUGGGCAUAAGCCAACUCUUGGGAAAUCAAAAAACAUAAGUAGGUUUCGGAAGAAAUUUUUGGUGGAUAACCCUCACCUUGUGCGGCAGCUGUCUGUUGAACGGAAGGCUGGGGUUCCUGUGGCUAAUAUAUAUAGAAAUAUGGCAAGGCAGAGGAAUGGGCUGGAGGAUAUGCCGUUUGAGCAGAAGGACUUACAUGAUGAAGUUGCAAAGCAGAGGAAAGUUGUGUUUGAACAAGGUGAUGCAAAAGUUAUGUUUGACUACUUUAAGAAGAUGUCGGAGGACAAUGAUAAGUUCUUUCAUACAUAUCGAAUUGAUGAUGAAGGUCGCUUGAAAGAUGUGCUAUGGGUUGAUGCUAGGAGUAGAGCGGCGUACGAGGAGUUUGGUGACGUUGUUGUGUUUGACUCUACCUAUUUGACUAAUGAAUACAAGCUCCCUUUUUGUAACUUUGUGGGUGUCAACCACCAUGGGCAGACCGUUCUGCUUGGUUGUGCUCUUGUUAGUCGUGAGACAACGGAGACUUUUGAAUGGGUAUUUUCAAGUUGGCUUAGAUGCAUGGGUGACAAAGCUCCUAUUGGGAUUCUAACGGACCAAGAUCCGGCAAUGCGGAAGGCUUUGAAGGCGGUUAUGAAGGGUACGACGCAUAGAUGGUGUAUAUGGCACAUUCUCAACAAGUUUGCUCAGAAGUUAGGCAAGCGCAUCUACUAUCCUGAGUUGAAGGACGGACUGCACCAAGCCGUAUAUAACAGCCUUGACUGUGAGGAAUUCGAACAACGUUGGCCGGAGGUUAUUAAGAAGUAUGAAGCUGAUGAUGAUGAGUGGCUGGCAGGCUUGUAUGAAGAAAGGGCUAUGUGGGUUCCAGCAUAUGUGAAACACUUGUUUUGGGCCGGGAUGAAAACCACGCAGAGGGUCGAAAGUAUUCAUAGCUUUUUUGAUGGCUAUUUGAGCAAACACACGUUGUUACAUGAAUUUGUGGAGAGGUAUGAAGAAGCGUUCUCGGUUAGAGCAAAAACAGAAAAGAAGACUGACGACAACAAUGCCAGGUAUGUGAGGAAGGCCUGCACCGAUUUUCCUGCUGAGCUUUUCUUCCAGAAGAUUUACACGGAUGCCAAAUUCAAAGAAGUUCAGCGUGAAUGCACUCGUACGAUGUAUGUCAACGGGAUUGACAGAAGACAGGUUUCUGAUCAUGUUGUUGAGCAUGUUGUCGAGGAUAGAGUUUGGUACAAGCCCCAAAACUCUAAGAAAGAGAUACCCUCCAAGCGUAAGCGAAGGUACGUGGUUACUCUUGACAUUGGUAGUAAGGAUGCUUGGUGUGAGUGUAAGUAUUUUGAAUGUCAUGGGAUUAUAUGUCGUCACAUAAUUAAGGUGUAUGAGUUGCAUGAUCAUGUGGGUAUUCCAGUCAAGUUCAUCUUGAAGCGUUGGAGGAAAGAUGUGAUACGGCCGUAUACCCGUGUGAAGGUUGGUUAUCAUGAUCCGAGUAAGACAGAGGAGGUUUGUAGGUUUGACAAGAUGAUGGUGAAGUUUGGUUCUCUUUGCUCUAAGUCGUCCUUCUGUAAAGAAACAACAAAACUUGUUCUUGAUACGCUUCAGUUACUUGAGAUUCAAGUGGAGGAGAUGGUUGACAUGAUUUAACAAAAAGGGUGACAAGAAUGGUUCUUUGGAAAAAGAAAAAGGAACACCUGUUACUCCAUCCACGCAGAGGCAAGGAAGUUGCUCUGAGAUACCCAAAGAUCCUCCUAUUCCUAAAAAGCCGCCUCACCGCACAACAGAUGUGAGAUUCCCAUCGUGUAUUGAGAAAGCAAAGAAGGGUAACACUAAUCGAAAGAGUUGUAGCCAAAAAAAGGCUCAACAACAACAAUGUAGCACUCCCUCCAGCAACCAGGGUUAUUUUUUCCCCUACAGCCCCCAAUCUGUCGACGGGAUACAGAUGGUUGAUGGUGAUGGUUCUAUUGGGUACUUCACUGGUGUUUCUGGAGGCUCUGAAAGUGAUCUUCAGGCAAUGUAUAAGGCUGGUUUCAUUCCUUAUCAGUAUACACAGUACAGGCCAAUGUAUCCAUUUGGUGUUUUGGCAGCAUCUCCCCAUUCCCCUCACACUCCUCGUUCUACAGCAUAUUCCACAGCUGGUGGCAGGCCUAUGUUCAGACCUAUUGCUCCAAAGGCUCCGAUGUCCACCCAUGGUAAUAUACGCUACAUAACUCCACCUCAUGCAUCGGUACACCCUACUACUCAGCAGCAGCAGUAGCUGGACAAGACUGCACCUUUCGUGUUUCAAGAAAUUUUUGAGGACUAAUUGGUGAACUAAAUAUUAUACGCUCACCGUUUUUGGAAGCUUAACUGAUGAACUAAAAACAUAAUUCCUGACUUUUAACUCUUUAGGACAGGUGAUUUAACGGUGUUAACAUGGUAAAUUUUUUGUAAAGAAUACAUUUAUUGUAAGUCUCUUAAUAUUUUGCAAGAGGUUACAUGUCCUAUUUGUUGGGGGAUUUUUUGUAAAGAUCAAGACACUGAUCCUAAAUAUAGCCAAUAUAUUUACUUUGAUGUAGGUAAAGUAAAAAACCGUUUUAAUUUCAAGUAUUAUUUGUUCUACAUUAUAUUUGAGUUUCCUAAUUUGUCACAAAUAGAUAUAUAUAUCUGACCAUAGACUUGGAAAUAUAAU